AUGGCCACAGUGACACUCCUCGCGGCGAUUUCCGCAACAAACGUCGGAACUGCCUUUUAUUAUCCUGUUUAUUCCCCUCGACUGAGCCUGCCAGAUCAUCUCGCCAAGGACGGCCCAGGUAAUUUGUACUUCAGACAGGUGGUCAAUGGCCUGGCCGGGUGGGGCGCUCUCGGCCAGCGGCUGCCGAAGAGGGGUCCUGCGGUCCACCGGGCAUUGCCCUAUUGUCUGUUUGCCCUGGCUGCUCGUCUUCCAGUGACCGACCAUUCGCCAAUUCAAUUACAAUUUGCCCCCCUGGGUCCUGGCCUGGCCUGGCCUGGCGCGCCCGCCGGGCCUCCUACAAGCCACCACCACAUCCCGCCCGUCUUGCUCGCCCUGUCUGUCAUUCGAACCACCGACGACCUCCCUUGGCGAACAAUGCGUGGCCACGCAGAGAAGCCAGUCGCCGCCGCCGAGACGGAUGGCGGCGACCACGACGCCAACAUCCCGACACAGCGCAUCGACGAACUCGAAUCCGAAAAAUCAGAAGUAGAAUCUAAUGUCGAGCCCUUUUCAUACGAGGAAGACGAUGACCGCGACUUUCCUCGCCAAGUUCGCACCGAUCUCAACGUUACCGAGGACGACCUGCUCGAGGCCAAGGAGCUCGCCUCCCGCUACACCCUCGAGCAGGUCCGCGACAUCAUGGUCCGCAUCUACCGCAUCCACGCCCGCGACCCCAACUUUCCCUCGGCCGUCGUCAUGAAGAUUCGCGCCUUUCUCGACAGCGAUGACAUCUUCAAGCACCCCGAGUUGCACCAGCACCUCAUCUCCGAGAUGAAACUCGAGGCCGCCCUCGUCACCUCCAACAGCCCCUACGCCGAGGUCCGUGCCGUCGUCAGCAACAAGGACGACCCCACGACGCACUCGUCCACUAUCCGCAGCUGGGCUAUUGGUCUCUUAUUUAGCGCUAUACUCGCCUUUGUCAACCAGCUCUUCGAUAUUCGUCAACCUGCCAUCCGCGUCAUGGCCAAUGUUGCCCAGUUGCUGGCGUAUCCUAUCGGCAAGGCCGCCGAGCGAUGGCUUCCUGACGCGGGCUUCACCCUCUGGGGUAUCCAGCAUAGCCUCAAUCCUGGGCCGUUUACUCGCAAAGAGCACAUGCUAAUAACCAUCAUGGCCAACGUCGCCUAUAAUACGCCAUAUACAAACUAUAUCAUCUGGGUGCAAUAUCUGCCGCAAUACUUUAACCAACCUUACGCCGCCCACUUUGCCUAUCAGAUUCUCAUUGCGCUCGCCACGAAUUUCAUCGGCUAUGGAAUGGCUGGCAUUUGCAGACGCUUCUUGGUCUACCCCUCGUACUGUGUCUGGCCCGCAUCCCUCGUCACCAUCGCUCUCAACACCGCCUUCCACACGCCUGGCAACCCGCCUGUCAUGGGUCCCUUUGGCAAGAUUUGGCGCAUCUCGCGUGCCAACUUCUUCUACUUGAUGUUUGGCGCCAUGUUCAUCUGGUUCUGGUUCCCCAACUACAUUUUCACUUCGCUGUCCAAAUUCAACUGGAUCAGCUGGAUCCUGCCGCACCACCGCGACCUCAACGUCAUUACCGGCAUUAACAACGGCCUGGGCCUGAACCCCUUCCCGACCUGGGACUGGAACGUGCUGCUGUGGGAUUCCGCCGACCCGCUCAUGGUGCCCUUUUUCAGCACGCUCAACCGCUUCAUAGGCGCCUUCAUCUCCAUGUGGAUUGUCCUGGCCUUUUGGUACAAGAACGUCUAUAAUACAGGCUACCUGCCCAUCAACACGAACCGCGUCUACGACAACACGGCCAAGCUGUACAAUAUCUCGCGCGCCAUCAACGACCGCGGCCACCUCGACCCCGCCAAGUACGCUGCCUAUUCGCCGCCCUUUCUUGGCGCCGGCAACGUCGUUAUUUACAUGUUCUUUUUCGGCAUCUACACCUCGACGCUCACCUACGCCAUCCUGUACCAUCGCCACGAAAUUUUCAUGGGCUUCAAGGCAUUGUUCAACAGCUUCCGCAAGAAGACGCCGCUUGAGGACGACCACAUCCUCGACGUGCACAACCGGCUGAUGAAGUCAUACAAGGAGGUGCCCGAGUGGUGGUACAUGCUGUGCCUGUUGUGUGCUAUUGCCCUUGGAAUCGCCGGCAUCGCUGGCUGGGACACCCAUACGUCACCCGGUGUCGUAUUCUACGGCCUGGCCCUCUGCGUCGUCUUUGUCAUUCCCGUCGGCAUCAUCAAGGCCAUGACGGGCAUCGAAGUGACGCUCAACGUGCUGGCCGAGUUCAUUGGCGGCUCCUGGGUCGACGGCAAUGCGCUGGCCAUGAACUAUUUCAAAUCCUUUGGCUACGUCACCUGCGCCCACGCCGUGUGGUUCUCCAAUGAUCUCAAGCUCGCGCACUACGUCAAGAUCCCCCCACGCCAGACGUUUGCCGCGCAAAUGAUUGCCACGCUCGUCAGCACGCUCGUCUGCAUUGGUGUGCUCAACUUUCAAAUGACAAACAUUCGUGCCGUCUGCACUGAGGAUGCUCGCUACAAGUUGACGUGCCCCGGCGUCAAUACCUUUUUUACCGCGUCGGUCCUCUGGGGUACCGUCGGCCCCAAGAAGGUUUUUGGCCACCAGGGCCAGUACAGCGAGAUGCUCAUCGGCUUUCCCCUUGGUGUUUUGAUUGUCGUCGUGUUUUGGUGCCUGAAUAAGAAAUUCCCCCACUGGGCUUGGACGCGGCAGAUUCAUCCCGUUGCCAUCAUGUAUGGCGGCAUCGUCUGGGCGCCGUACAACAUGUCGUAUAUUUGGCCUUCGGUACCUAUUGCUUACUUCUCGUGGAUUUACCUCAAGUCGCGCUAUGUCGGUCUAUGGUCCAAGUACAACUUUGUUCUCUCCGCAGCCUGGUCCUGCGGUAUCGCCAUCUCAGGCAUCAUCAUCUUUUUCAGCCUGCAAUACACCGAAGUCGACUUCAACUGGUGGGGCAACCAAGUCUCGGAGCAAGGGUGCGAGGACGACUCGUGCAACUACAAGACCCUCGGCAGCGGCGAGUACUUUGGCCCUCGCAUAGGCGAGUUUAACUAA